AUGGCACCACAAGUCACGGCAACACAUGGCACCACACGUCACGGCAACACAUGGCACCACAAGUCACGGCAACACAUGGCACCACAAGUCACGGCAACACAUGGCACCACACGUCACGGCAACACAUGGCACCACAAGUCACGGCAACACAUGGCACCACAAGUCACGGCAACAAAUGGCACCACACGUCACGGCAACACAUGGCACCACAAGUUAUGGCACCACAUGGCAACACAUGGCACCACAAGUUAUGACAACACAUGGCACCUCAAGUCAUUGCAACACAUGGCGCCACAAAUCAUAGCAACACAUGGCGCCACAAAUCAUGGCAACACAUGGCGCCACAAGUCAUGGCAACACAUGGCACAAGUCACGGUAACACAUGGCACAAUUCAUGGCAACACAUGGCACCACAUGUCACGGCAACAUAUGGCACCACACGUCACGGCAACACAUGGCACCACACGUCACGGCAACACAUGGCACCACACGUCACGGCAACACAUGGCACCACAAGUCACGGCAACACAUGGCACCACAAGUCCCGGCAACAUAUGGCACCACACGUCACGGCAACACAUGGCACCACAAAUCACGGCAACACAUGGCACCACACGUCACGGCAACACAUGGCACCACACGUCACGGCAACACAUGGCACCACAAAUCACGGCAACACAUGGCACAACACGUCACGGCAACACAUGGCACCACAAGUAA